AUGGAACCACAACCCAACAUGCUGGCGCCCCCGGCCGUGACCUCUCUCCGGUCACAGGCCGGCGCCAUGGAACGAUCCCUAAGCGAAGAUAUUCGAGAGGAACGAGAAGAGCUACGUGAGGCUGCCGAGCAGACUCUCAACGUUAUUGUCGAUCUCAACCUCGACGGAACUAUUCGAUGGGUCAGCCCGUCAUGGACCGACGUUAUUGGCACCCAACCCGAGUCGGUUAAAGGAACUGCUAUUGCCGACCUGAUCGUCAGCGACAACAAGACUAUUUUUGCAGACACUGUCGAGUCCAUGAAGUCAGAUGACUCGCGAAGCCAACGAGUGCGCUUCACAGUUGCAUGUGGCCCAUUAUCAAAACUGCUUCCGCUCCAGGACCUUCAAAAUUCGGAUACCGAUGAGCCCGAAGGUUGCGCACCUGGUGCUAUCGACCUGGAAGCCCAGGGGAUCAUGGUCUAUGACGGGGUCUCGGGAGGAGAAAGUCAUACGAUGUGGAUGAUCCGCCCUUAUAUCGCGCCUCGGGAAAUCAAGAUUGACCUGCCCGCUGUCAUUGUAGACUCGCUCGGAUCUGGUGCCGAGGUCCUCGCUAGCUACCUGACACAGCUUGCAGAGUCCGGAGUGGACGACCCCGAAAACCACCCGCCGCCAUUACCGGUGUUGUGCCGCAUUUGCGAGCGCCAAAUUUCGCCGUGGUGGUUUGAGAAACACACCGAUCUAUGCUUGCAAGAGCACAGGGCGGAGAUGGAUGUACAAAUGGCACAAGACAGUUUGACAGAACACCGGCAUCUGAUUGUGAGGGUUUUGGAUGCUCUUGAGGCUCGAAAAAGCCGGUCAUUGACUGGUGACCAACUCACACCCCCCGCGGCCGAGUAUAAGGGAAUGCCCAUCGGCCCUCCUCCAUCAGCUCAGUCGUCUCCAGGAAGUUCAGUAUCGCAGUCGAGGGAAAGAUCAAGUGGUUUCGGCCACUCACGAGCACGUUCUUUUGCAAUUAGACGCCCUCAAGCUAGGAUUGUUGAACUGCUGCUCGAUCUUUGCGAUACUGCCAUCGAGAUCAGUACCCCGGCUGUCAAGGAAGCCUCUUCUCAAAAUCCAGGCGAGAUCAGGACACAGUCACCUCAGUCAGAAUCCCGCAUCUCACAAGUCAUGCAAUGGCAAUCGCCCAGCACCAAUACUUUGGAACAGGAACAGGGUCUAGCAUUGCUCUGUGCCGACACCGAGAAAGCUGCCAAGACCAAAGUUGAGGCAGUUUUCCGACACCGCAAGAUUAUUGAGUAUGCCGAGCGCAUUAGAAUUGAGUUCGCCGUCAUUGUCCAAGACUGUAUUGACGAGGCCAUGCGCAAGGCGGCUAGGAUUGCUGCAGGCAGACUGAGUGAUUCAACCGAGGACGAAGAGGAGGAGGGUACUACACCUGCCCAGGAAGAACUUUUUUUCCAAGGCUCCUUCGAAAACCCUUCUGCCCUCGCGGCUGCCUUACAGAAUGCCAGCCUCAACAGUAACCUCGAUAGGCCACGACCAACAUCUUUCGUGGAAUCUACGCGCUCAAGUAGCCCUAGAGAGUGCCCGACGCCACGGUCAAACUUGGGAGGCAUUAAUCUUGCUGGGCCAGCUCGCGAGUCAAGACGAGAGUCUUUACUAUUCGAGAGUGAUACCGGAGACAGUGACGGGAGCAUCCGAUCAUCUUCUGUGGCAUCAAGACAACCCCCCCGGACCGAUUCACCCAUAUCCGAGUUUGGCGACCUACGCCGGGCCGCCAGCGCCAGGCAACAUCAUCGCAGGAGCAUCAUUCUCCCUGGCACAUCUUCUCCUCGGCGCCAGGAAUCUCCUUCGCGCAACACCCAGCCCUCAUCUCCCCUUAGGAUAAUCAAACCACGCAACUUCCCUUUCCCACAUGAUGGUAUUACAUCUCCUGAAGCCUCUCCGUUGCUGCCGGGUAGCGAGUUCAGCUCACCAGCUCAUCUUCCGAUCAGCCACCACCGAAGACAGUCAUCCGCUGCCAUGUCGGAGUUUGUGAUGAAGGGACCGCCGUCCCCAAGAAUGACAGCUCACCAGCCCCCGCCACAAGCGCGACCGGCACCACCUUCCAUUAAAGAUUUUGAGAUCAUAAAGCCUAUCAGCAAAGGUGCUUUCGGCAGCGUCUACUUGUCCAAAAAGAAGUCCACUGGUGAGUACUUUGCGAUCAAAGUGCUCAAGAAGGCAGACAUGGUCGCCAAGAACCAAGUUGGAAACGUCAAGGCAGAGCGUGCCAUCAUGAUGUGGCAAGGCCAAAGCGAUUUCGUCGCCAAGCUAUAUUGGACAUUUUCUAGCAAAGACUAUUUGUACCUUGUCAUGGAGUACCUCAAUGGUGGUGACUGUGCGUCUCUCAUCAAGGUUCUUGGAGGCCUACCUGAAGACUGGGUAAAGAAAUAUCUCGGCGAGGUGGUCCUUGGCGUAGAGCAUCUUCACAGCCGCGGCAUCAUUCAUCGCGAUCUCAAACCUGAUAACCUCCUUAUCGAUCAAAAAGGUCACUUGAAGCUCACUGAUUUUGGUCUAUCGCGUAUGGGCCUUGUUGGCCGGCAGAAACGGGCACUCGACAGCCAGAACGUCGACCCUACACCUGACCUGCUCAAACAAGGGCCUUUUGCCCGUUCGGCGUCCUUGGCAUCUUCGCGAUCUACCUCGCUGGAUCUCCAUGGGAACAUGCAUUCUCCGAGCAUGACACCACAGAUGACACCGGAUACUGGAUCUAGCGCCGGGCAGCCUUCGUAUUUCGCUUUGGGUAGCCUCGACGCCCGCCGCGUCUCUAGCCAUCGCAGCGACAGUGGCGGUAGUGAGACGCUCGCUCGCAUGCUCAACAGUUUCUCUUUGAACGACCAAGAGCCGAACACACAAGCUCACAAUCCACCACCGCCUCACGAUGAAGCGACUGACAGCACCGGGCAAGCCUCGCCGGAUCUGACGAAUCUGCACCACCCUAGCACUCAAUCCAGCAUUGACUUCCUAGGCAAGAGCACUCCUCCGCAGUCUUCCAUGAUGCCGCCACCAAUGGCCUUGUUUGACCCAGAAGACACGAAUCGCCGUUUCGUUGGAACCCCGGACUACCUGGCCCCUGAGACCAUCAAAGGCGAGAAACAAGAUGAGACCAGCGAUUGGUGGUCUGUUGGUUGCAUCAUGUUCGAGUUUCUAUACGGUUUCCCGCCUUUCCAUGCCGACGAAGCAGAACAAGUUUUUGAAAACAUUCUGGCGCGCAAGAUUCAAUGGCCUGACGAGAACGAAUGCGAGCCAAUCUCUGAUGAGGCCAAAGAUCUCAUUAACAAGCUACUCUGCAUGGAACCUCAAUCCCGAUUAGGAGCUAACCGAGAAGAGAAAUUCCCUACUGGUGGCGAUGAAAUUCGCGCCCACCCCUGGUUUGAGGGCAUCAACUGGGAGACUCUACUCCAGGAUGAGGCUCAGUUUGUGCCACAGCUCGAGCACCCUGAGGAUACCGAAUAUUUCGACGCCCGUGGAGCUGUUCUCCAGUCCUUCGCUGAGGAGAUGGAGGACCAGUUGUCUCCGCCUGUAUCCGGACCUGGGUCGGACUACCCUGACAGACCACACGAUGCAUUGUCCCGUGUUCGAUCUCAGGUCAACUCGAUCAAGCGCAAUCUGAUGCCUCUUCACAUCCCUCCUCACGUCAGAGAUUUGAAGAGCCGCCGGCUUAGUGAGCCCGUCGUUGCCGAUGACUUCGGUAGCUUUACCUUCAAGAACCUUCCAGUACUGGAGAAAGCCAAUAAGGAUGUUAUCCAGAAACUCCGCGCAGAAGCAUUGGCAGCUCAGAGCAAACCGACCGUCAUAAGCCCUGGUGGAAGUGUUACAUCACCCGGUCCGGCCCUAGAGGGUAGCCCUGUCCUGGCAAAUCCUGUCCAAAGAACAAUCUCGAAUGCGAAGAACCGGCCGCAAUCGCCCUCUGGAUUGAGUCAUGCCAACUCGUCUCCCAGCAGGGCGUCCCAACCUUCCUCGCCGCUGCUGGUAUCCUUCGUUGCUGGCCAGGGAAGCGAAGGCAGGCGCAAAGCAUCCAGCAAUUCUUCGAGUCUUUCGCACCAAUCGAACAUUCCUCAUCAGCCAACGUCACUUGAGAUACCCCGUGUACCCCCAAGUUUACAAAAGGCAGCGACGAGCGCAGCUGCCUCCCCAGUGAAGAGCCGCGGCGCGGGACCGCCACCCCCCCUUGCUCUUUCACCUCAGAAAAUCGUGUCAACGCCUCGCCAGGCUUCAAGUAGCCGAUCAAGAUCCCUGACAGUAGGCUCGCAGUCUAAUGAGGGUAGUCCGAUCACUUCUGAUGUUCUGGCUCAUCAUCGUAACCGCCGCAGCCAAGUGUUCGACAUGUCGCCGUCUUCAUCCGAUAACGAGGGGGAAAAGCAUAAUGCGCUACUUCGGGUCCAACGCCGCCGUCAAAGUUCUCGCCGUCUAUCGCAAAUCGCUUUCGAUGGAGGACCGAUGUUCCGACCCUUGGACGUGUUGAUAUGCGAGGACCACCCCGUCUCCCGAAUGGUCAUGGAGAAGCUUUUGGAGAAACUUCGCUGCCGAACCAUCUCGGUGGCGAACGGCUCUGAAGCUGUGAGGUUUGCUAUGAGCGAGAUCAAGUUUGACAUCAUCUUCUUGGAGUAUAGGUUGCCUCAGAUUAAUGGCGCCGACGUAGCACGAAUGAUUCGGGAGACUAAGAACACAAACUCCCAUACGCCCAUUGUCGCCAUUACGGCUUACCUCAAAGAGCUGCAAGCUCCUCACUACUUCGAUUCCUUGAUUGAGAAGCCCAUUUCCAGUUCUAAGCUGACGGAAGUUUUGAAAAACCUCUGCCAAUGGAAACCGGAAUCGCCUGGCAUCAAUUACUCAAUGUCCCUGUCACUGCCUCACCCGGUUCCGUCUGGCCUUCGGCAGGCGAGCUCGCGAACUGAUGACAGCCCGACCUCUAGCUCAUCUUUGUUUGCAGGGCGUCCGGGUAGCAGCGUGGUUACCUCGAGCCGUGAGGACUCCAUCAGUUCUAGUCUCUUUGGUGACUCUGAGUCGGUGUCAACAGAUGACGUGCCGAUGGUCAUAAGCCGGAAAGCAACAGGAGACUGGGAAGAAGGCGGGUUGGGUAUUCGGGAAGAUGAUACCACGCAACUCAGCCACUCCCCGAAAUCAUUGCCGCAGCUGCUUACGCAGCAGUCUGCGCCCGGGCAGCUUGAGCACCCCCGAAAGUCUUCUUCUCAACACUCCGUGGAGAAACUGAAAGCAAGGAAGGAGCACAUGGAGAAGCGGCAUGCGGAGGGCACCGACUCAGCCGACGAUGAGGACGAAGAGCUUGGUCUGGGGAGAGAGAAGCAUUUCCGAGGCAAGCCACUGCUACCUAGCUCAAAGCUAGGUAUUGAAAUGAUGAGAGCCGACAGUCAUGACAGCGUUACAAUCGGCUCAGAAAGCACACCGGAGCCUGUCACCCAGGUUGUGACCCCCUCGAAAGAGAUGGAUGUGACGUCUUUCGAGAACCUGCAAGGCGCUGCGGCCCGAACGCCGCCGGACAGCGGAGUCGGCGCAGAAGACAAGGCUUCUGCUCCUGAUGUUGAGGAAACCCCGAGACCGCAGCCGGCAAAUCGAGAUGACAAUGCGGACGAGGAACCCACCCCGCGACCCUUGGAGAGGUCUGGUGUGAUGAGUACCCAAUAG